GGAAACAAAAAUGCAAUUAUUAUUUUAAUACUCCAAGAAAAAAUUAACACGCAAAAAGAAAAAAAAAAAAAAAGAGAAAUAAUCACCACUACUUAGCUAGUACCAACCUUGGUCUCUGACGGCCCCUAUAUAUUUACUUGCUGAUUUUCAAUUUGCAACCAUACAAUACUACCCCCAACACUAUUUUUUUUUUUUUUUUUGUUGUCCCUAACAUUUUAAAAUGGGGUCCGAAACACAAAUUAUUCACAAUCACGAGCUCGAUCAUCUUGUACAUGUGUUCAUGAUCUCGUUCCCCGGCCAAGGCCACAUUAAUCCACUCCUUAGACUAGGUAAGCGAAUUGCCUCUAAAGGCUUUUUGGUUACUUUUACCACUACUGAGAACCUCGGCCAAGGUAUCCGAGGUUCUAAUGAUGCUGUAUCGGAUCAACCCGUCCCUAUUGGAGACGGGUUCAUCCGAUUUGAGUUUUUUGAUGAUGAAUGGCCUGAUGCCGACCCAAGGAAGUUUGAUAUGGAUCAAUAUCUUCCACAACUCGAUGUCGUGGGUCGUCGUUGGGUACCCGAGAGGCUAGCUGCUCUGGCCCAAGAGGGCCGGCCCGUUUAUUGCUUGAUUAAUAACCCAUUUAUUCCUUGGGUUUCUGAUGUUGCUGAGGAGUUGGGUUUGCCUAGUGCUAUGCUGUGGCCUCAAUCAUGCGCUUGUUUCCUCGCGUACUAUUAUUUCCACCACAACAUGAUCCCUUUUCCUACCGAAAACGCCCUCGAAAUCGAUGUCGAAGUUCCAACUCUACCCCUAUUAAAAUGGGACGAGAUCCCCACUUUCCUUCACCCAACCACGCCGUAUGCUUUCCUCAAAAGGGCAAUAUUGGCACAAUACAAAAACCUAUCUAAACCUUUUUGUAUCCUUAUGGAUACAUUCUACGAGCUAGAGAGGUCAACGGUGGAUCACACCGUCGAACUCCUAGCUCCAACCCCGAUCAGGACUAUCGGGCCACUUUUCAAAAAGCCCAUUCCUGGUGGGGCGCGGGUUCGGGCAGACCCGAUCAGACCCAACCAGGACUGUUUAAAGUGGCUCGAUGGAAAGCCCGACGGGUCAGUAGUGUACAUAUCCUUUGGCACGAUAGUGUUCCCGCCACAAAAGCAGAUAGAUGAGAUUGCGGCCGGUAUCGAAGCGGCCGGAAUCACGUUCUUGUGGGUGAUGAAGCCACCCGCCAAGGAAUCCAAGAUGAGCCCGCACACUCUACCCGACGGGUUUUUGGAUAGAAUUGGCGAUAAUGGCAAGGUGGUCCAAUUUGCUCCACAAGAGCAAGUCCUAGCACACCCGGCCGUGUCAUGUUUUGUGACACAUUGUGGAUGGAACUCGACUAUGGAGUCAAUCUCCUAUGGAGUACCCAUGGUAGCGUUCCCUUCAUGGGGCGACCAAGUGACCGACGCAAAAUUCAUUUGCGACGUCUUCAAGACAGGAAUACAACUUACUAGGGGUGAGCACGAGAAAAGGCUCAUCACUAAGGAUGAAGUCGAAAAGUGUUUGAGGGACGCCACCUCAGGACCUAAGGCAACUGAAAUGAAGAAAAACGCCCUCAAGUGGAAGGAUUUGGCAGAUGAGGCAAUAGCCGAUGGUGGAUCAUCGGAUAAGAAUUUUGAUCUUUUUAUCGAUCAAGUACGAAAGAGGGGUGAAAUCGUUCUUGCUAAUGCUAAGAAGGUUGCUAAUGGUUUGCCUACUAAAGAAAAUGGACAUUGAUUAAUCUCCAAAUGCAUUGAAGAUUAUGUGCUUGGAUAUAGAAGAAACAAUUACUACAAUGAGCCCAAUUUGGCUGAUUUUAUGUGUAGGGCCAAUUUAUUUACACUUUUUAUUAUUUUAUUUUUCUUCUAAUUUUCUAUACCUUUGCACGUUUUUUUGGACCAUAUUGGAGUUACUUUAUACUUUAGCCCGGCUCUUAUAGUGCGUGCCUAACUGCCUAUGGCAACGCUUGGAUAUAGGAAGGUUCCUUCACUUUAAAGUUAAAUCAUUUCAUCAACUAUGUGAGGCGUGAGCAAUAACUGGAGGAAUUUCUGGUUUUUUUUUUUCUCCCUUUUUUUCCUGUUGUAUCUUUAAUAUUUACUAUUGUGUAAAGUUAUCUAAUAUCAUUAUUUAAUUUAUUCAUAUUGUUGUUAAUUUCUUC